AUUGAAACAGAGUUUGGAAACUGAGUUGCAGAGUCAUGGUAGCUGCGCUGACUCUGCCAACUCGUCUUCUCUUCCGUAUGUAUUCAACUAUUCAUUAUGCUCAGAUCACAUUUUUAUUUUCUCUGAAGAAAAUUACAACUUUUAUACGGUAGAAUUCGAAAACAGAGAGACACCCGAUUCUGUUUUUGUCUAGAACAAUGUCUCCGAGCAGGAAGGGAGCAGUCUUGGCUCUGUUUCUAGCGUUGACUAUGGUGGUCAACGUUGUUCCAGCGAGAUUCUUCGUGGAGGAGAGCAGCGUGACGGUUCUUAACUCAUGGGCAAUGGGAGCUAAGCACGACGCGGCCAUCGCAGACUUUGGCAUCCCAAAUUAUGGCGGUUUUAUGAUCGGCUCCGUCGUUUACGCAGGCCAAGGGGAUUACGGAUGCGACUCAUUCAACAAAACCUUCAAGCCCAAGUAUUCUUAUCCCACCAUCCUCCUCAUUGACCGUGGAGUGUGCAACUUUGCUUUGAAGAUAUGGAAUGGGCAACAAUCUGGUGCAGCAGCUGUUCUACUAGCAGAUAAUAUUGUUGAGCCAUUGAUAACAAUGGAUUCACCAGAAGAAUCCAAAGAUGAAGAUCCUCAUUUUAAAGACAAAAUCAACAUCCCAUCGGCUUUGAUCCUUAGCUCUUUCGGUGAUAACAUCAAGAAUGCUCUUACAAGAGGCGAAGAAGUAAUCUUGAAGAUAGACUGGAGUGAGUCUAUACCAAACCCUGAUGAGAGAGUUGAGUAUGAGCUAUGGGCCAACACUAAUGAUGAAUGUGGUGUACACUGCAACGAACAGAUGAAUUUCAUAAACAACUUCAAGGGAACCGCUCAGGUUCUUGAAAAAGGCGGUUAUGCUUUGUUCACACCUCAUUACAUUUCUUGGUUUUGUCCCAAAGAGCUUUUGUUUAGCAGGCAGUGUAAGACUCAGUGUAUAAACCAAGGGAGGUACUGUGCUCCUGACACUGAGCAAGACUUUGAAGAUGGAUACAAUGGGAAAGACGUCGUUUACGAGAAUCUGAGACAGUUAUGUGUUCAUAGAGUAGCUAAGGAGAAGAACAUUUCUUGGGUCUGGUGGGAUUACGUGACAGACUUUAACAUCAGAUGUUCUAUGAAGGAGAAGAAAUACAGCAAAGAAUGUGCAGAGACUGUCGUGGAAUCUCUCGGUUUGUCUCUUGAGAAGAUCAAGAAAUGCAUAGGUGAUCCUGAAGCUGAUGUAGAGAAUGAAGUUCUUAAAGCCGAGCAAGCUUUUCAGGUUUGCGGUAAACUGGAGAGAACCGUGGUGUUGAAGGCUAUAUGUUCAGGAUUCAAGGAGGGAACCGAACCUUUGAUAUGUUUGAGUACAGACAUAGAGACCAAUGAAUGUCUUGAAGCAAAUGGAGGAUGUUGGCAAGAUAAAAGAUCUAAUGUAACGGCUUGCAAGGAUACAUUUAGAGGAAGAGUAUGCGAGUGCCCUGUUGUCAAUGGUGUUCAAUACAAAGGAGAUGGUUAUACAUCUUGCAAGCCUUAUGGACCUGCAAGAUGUUCGAUGAACGAAGGUGGCUGCUGGUCUGAAACCAGAAAGGGUUUAACUUUCUCGGCUUGUUUGAACUCGGAGACAUCAGGAUGUCAUUGCCCUCUAGGCUUCCAUGGGGAUGGUUUGAUAUGUGAAGACAUUGAUGAAUGCAAAGAGAAAUCAGCUUGUCAAUGCGAUGACUGCAAAUGCAAGAACAAUUGGGGAGGAUAUGAAUGCGAAUGCUCUAUCAACAGUUUCUAUAUGAAAGAACAAGACACUUGUAUCGAGAGAAUAAGUGGAUCAAGAAGCAGAUGGUUCAUAGCAAUUGUGGUUGUAAUCGCCAUUGCAGGCAUCUCUUUAGCAGCUUAUAUAUUCUUCAAGAACCAUCUUCAGGCUUACAUGGAUUCGGAGAUAGUGUCUAUUAUGUCUCAGUACAUACCACUGGAUAGCCAAUGCAUUAAUGAAGACUCGCAUCAAAUAAGAACUCUAGUCACCUGUAAUGAAGACUGCUGAAUUUUGGUUUAAAAUUAGAAUAUAUUAUAACGGGUAAAGGGGUCUUUUUUUGUCAAGAAUCAAAAUUUUGAGGCGUUAAAUCUGUUGUAGGCAAUGUAAAAAACUAUAUUAUUAAAAGCUGAUUAUUUGCUUUCAUUGAGAGUUGAACUCAAGACCUCCCGCUUACUAAACGGGUGCUCUAACCAACUGAGCUAUGAAAGCUUGUGAACCUUAAGC